AUGGCCGAUGGCCCAAUUAUCCGGGGCCGGCUCGCCCGUGUCACUCGGUCUAUUCGGGCAGUUAUGCGCUGUCUCGGCGGAAGCAGAGAAUCUCAAGAUGGCGCACAACGAGCGAUGUUGGUUUUGUGUGAGCUGCUUGAUAUGUUAUGUCGUCUCCAGGAUCAACUGAACUGGGCAGAAGAGAAAUGGGUCGUGGAACCCUCGCGUCUGCGUAAUCUCGACGAGGUCAUCCGUUACUUCGAAUCGACGAUUGGGACAUUUGAGACAUAUUUCCAGCCAGGUGGUGUCAGCGCUCGAUCUUUCAGGAAGCGCUUGUUGGAAAAUACCUUCGUCCCUAGGUUGGAGCAUUUCAAGGUUAUGAUGAUCUUGAUCAUGCAACCUGAGUCUCGAGAGAAGUCCCGAGUCGAAGCGAGACUCCGAAGAAUACUGCGGCAAUUUUACGAGACCGACUCCGACUCAAUAAGACCCAGCGCACCAAACCCCGAUGACUACCAUCCUAUCACAAGCCCCGGCGCCGGAAAGACCUUUCUCGCGUCCGCCAUCAUCGACAACUUACAGAAUACAUUCACAUCUGCAGAUGUGGCAGUAGUAUUUAUCUUCGGUCAUGACGAGACGGACGAGGACACCACGCCCGUGGGGUUUCUUGACAAGAUACUUGCGCAGCUUGUAUAUCGGAAGCGGACCCCUUCACUCGUCACUGCUGCAUUGUAUCAAUCCAAAUCCUUUGCGGAGGGAAAAGUUCCUGCGAAAGCGUAUCAGGACGCUAUCCGGGCUGAGGUCAACAGGUUCUCUCGAGUGAUGUUCGUCAUCGAUGGAAUCGAUAUGGACGUUGACAGGGAACGAAUUCUGAAUCGUCUUCAAAAACUCCCAGAUCAUGCACAGCUUCUUGUUACCAUGCGAGAAUCCAAGCACUCAUUCAAGGACGAGCAUAUAUCCGUCUUAGCUACCCAUGAGGAUCUUGGAACCUAUGUGUCCGCUCUGAUUGAACAAGAUGAAGGGCUGACCGCUCUGUUGAAGCAAUAUCCCCCUGAGCUAAAAGCUGCUGUUAUUCGGCAAGUUUCUCUGAAGUCACAUGGCCUGUUUCUAUUGGCCCGGCUACAUAUCGAUAUAUUGUCGCGAUGCAACGAUGGGAGCCUGCUACAAAUGUCUCUCGCUCAUCUGCCUGAGAAUUUGAACGAUGCUUACGGCGAGUCUAUGACCCGCAUUGUUAGCCAGAACCCCUUCGCUAGUCGCUGUCUUUACUGGACGUUGUAUGCUCAGAGACCUCUAUCUGUCUCGGAACUGAUCUUUGCGGCAACCUUCGAGCUACAAGGAAACAGCGCUUCCGCUUCCAAAGAAACUUCUUCUUCUGCGCAAACUGUGCUUCAUGAGACUGCCGGCUUACUGACCAUUGAUGCAAUGACUGGGACCGUCCACUUGGUUCACAAAACGGCUAAGGAAUAUCUCAGUGGACCUGCAGCUCGGGUGUUUUUUCCUACUGCUAAGGGUAAUAUUGCAGAUGUAUGCCUCUCGGUCAUUACACCCGAUGAAGUAGUGGACGAUUGCUAUGUCACUCAAGGAGCGACUCCUCGCAAACCCCGCGGUAAGCUACUUGAUUAUGCCACGGCUUUCUGGGGAGAUCAUGCUCGUGAAGUUAGUGAAGAUGAGCAAACGACGCAAGUGCUCAUCCGAGCGUUCCUCAACAAGCUUUGCUGGAGGCGGCCGCCAAUAGCAGAACCUUGCAAUUUCGUGCUUGAAAUGCCGAAGCAACUAGGUUUUGGAAAGUACUUCCCCGACUGGACCUCUCUGCAUGUGCUUGCUUUCUUCGGCAUCAUUGGCAAGGCGAGACGCCUGAUUGAUCAGGGUGCUGAUGUCAACGACUGUGAUAAUCAAAUCGGCGUCACCCCUUUGCACUGUGCGGUCUACCGCGGCCAUGAGGAGAUGGUGGAAAUGCUCCUCAAUUCCGAAGCGAAUAUCAACGCCACUUGCAAGAAGGGAAAAACCGUUCUGCACAUAGCUGGAGAACAAGGGCACCGAAAACUCAUCAAGUUUUUGCUUCAUCGACGAGCCAAGUCCAGAAUAGCAGAUAAGGAAGGCGCAACAGCUCUUCAGACAGCUAUCGGGACAACCCAUGAUGAAGCAACGGUUUCACUUCUGAUCAGAAGUCGAUUUGACAUGGAUGUUCAAAACACGGUCACUGGAAACACUUCGCUUCAUCUAGCGGUUGAAUUGAGGCGACCACGAAUCCUCGCCUUCCUUCUAGAGAAAGGGGCCAGUAUGAACGUGCUGAACCGAGACGGUAUCACGGCUCUUCAGAUGGCUUGCGAAACAGACAAUUGUGAAUCAGUGUCUCUCUUCCUAGAACGUGGCGCUCAGCUCGAAACUCGCUCCGCGCACGGAGUCACUGCAUUACACCUCGCUGCUUCGAAAGGCCACUGGGUCGCAUUUGAUCUGAUGAUCAUUGGGGGUGCAGACAUUAACGCAUGGGAUAGCUAUGGCGACUCCCUGCUUCAUAAGCAGGCACGUGCGUCUUCCACAACUUCAGCUGCGGCACAUUUACUCGCUCAAGGCGCGAACAUAGAAGCCUGUAACUCCCGGGGCUACACACCAUUACAAUGUGCUGCCGCUACAGGAAACAGAGACAUGUUCCUUUUCCUGGUGGAACAGGGAGCGCGGCUAGAUGUUCAAACUGCCAAGGGAGAAACUCUUCUUCACAUCACGCCCCCUCUCAACGAUGGCUGUCUUGACAUUGUGGAGGCACUACUUAACUUUCGAUUUAGUGCUAAUGCAACAACUAGCAGUGGCCGCACACCUCUGCAUCACCUUGUUAUUAAUGCUUGCGACUCAUCGGAUUCCUCGGCUGAGAAUAUUGCCAGUUUCCUCUCAUUACUCCUCUCCCACGGGGCAAACAUCAAUGCCCCUGUGGCAUCUUGUUACGCCGAGACAGCACUUCAUUUAGCAGUGACGAUUAAUUCGCCACGCGAGUCACUAGUAUCACUGCUUAUCGAGAAUGGUGCAUCGCUUGAUGUAAGAACAACUGAUGGCAGAACCCCAUUACAUUUGGCGGCAGAGCGAGGCCGAUUCAAUAUUUCCCAAAUCCUUUUAGAUGCGGGUGCAGAUUCCUCUAUUAAAGAUCCCGGUGAAACACCAACGAAUGACAAGGUCAAAGGGGACGGUCAGACAGCAUCAGAUCUCGCCCACCAAAUUCCAGUCAGUAUGCUGUGGUUCGAUGAUACAGGCCCGCUGCAGCCACUACCACCGCCACAGCAGCGCCGAAGUCUAGCCACGACUAUCUACUCGAUUGACGUUGGCUCCGAAGUCGAAGAGAUAGGAGGCUCGACUUUGGUUGGUGAAGAUGGCUCGAUUUGGGGAUCGCGAGCAUCAACUACUUCGACAAGCCAUACAUCCACCGCGUCUUCUUCUUGUUGA